AUGGUGAGAGUGAGGGGGUGGGUGGGGGCUGCUUCCCUAAGAGGAGAUGUGGUGGUUGGCCUGCGGCAUCCUAUCAUGGGGCCUGAUGUGGCCGCUGAUAGAGAUAAGAAAGGGAGCUGCUACCUGGUCAUCGCAACGGGAGGUGACUUUCACAGGCUGCAAGAUACUGGUUUGUUGGAUGUGAUUGAUGAUGAUGAAUCUGAGGACGCUGAUGGUUCCGUUUCGUGGUACCAUGAAACGGUGAAAGAGCUCCCCGAGAAGGUCAAGGUAGGAAUCUUCGUGUUUGGCGCGUGGGCGGGCGCGUCGCACGGCGGCGUGAUCACGGGCCUUGCCGUGUGCGGCGUCAUGAUGACCAUCGUCGCCAUAGCGGCCGACCUCAUCCAGGACUUCAAGACCGGGUACAUGACGCUGGCGUCGCCGAGGUUCAUGUUCGUCCGUCAGGUCAUCGGCACCGCCAUGGGCUGCGUCAUCGGUCCCUGCGUCUUCUGGCUCUUCUACAGGGCAUUCGGCGACGUCGGGAUGAGCACCAGUGACUACCCGGCGCCCUGCGCCAUGGUGUACCGCAACAUGGCCAUCUUCGGCGUCAGUGGCUCCUCCUCGCUGCCAAAGCACUGCUUCACCAUGUGUUACGUGAUGUUCGCUGCCGCUUCUGUCGCGAUCAACCUCGUAAGGGACCUUGUGCAAAACAAGGUGUCAAGGUUCAUACCUGACCCCAUGGCUAUACCGUUCUACCUUGGAUCCUACUUUGCAAUUGGCAUGUGCGUCGGCAGCGCGACACUGUUUGCGUGGGAGAAGAUGAACAAAGCCGAGGCAGAUGCGAUCUCACGCUCGGUUGCUUCAGGUCUGAUCUGUGGGGAGGGGAUUUGGAGCAUGCCUCAAUCGGUGUUGGCGCUGGCCAAGGUGCAGCCUCCAAUCUGCAUGAAGUUCUUGUCGAGAUCCAUGAAUGCUAGAAUGGACGCAUUCAUGGAGAAUCUGUCCUCAAAGACACACUGUUCGUUUCCGUUUCUUCCAUUAGCUCUGAACCUAGUAUUCGGCUUUGGUGAUCAUGGCCAUUGACAUUGUAGCCCAUUAAUUACUACAG